AUGGAGGGUGGUGAUGUGAAUGAGGAAGGUCUUCAAGGUAAUCAAGCUCCUCAAGUUAACCAAGCUCCAGUUGAUCUCGUGGAUGAGAAUGUGACCCAGACGGAGUUUAGGUCUACUAUCCAAAUGUUGACCCAAUCUAUGACGGCUCAAGCUCAAGUCGUGGCAACUCAAGCCCAAUCCAUGACGGCCCAAGCCAAUAGAUAUGUUGGGACUCAUGUGAACCCUAAUAUGAAUUCCAUGGCUUCUAGAUUGAGGGAUUUUUCAAGAAUGAACUCUCUCGUGUUUCUUGGUUCCAAAGUGGGUGAUUCCGUAGUGGCUAGGAAAGUUUAUAGAAGUUGUCCCAUUUCCUUGUCUCAUAAGGUUACUUUGGUGGAUUUGGUGGAGUUAGACAUGUUGGAUUUUGAUGUGAUUUUGGAGUGGAAAGGGGGGAAUUCCAUCCCUAGAGGUCAAUUUGUUUCUUGCCUUAAAGCUAGGGAAAUAAUCUCCAAAAGGUGCAUUUACCAUCUUGUUAGGGUGAAGGAUGUGGAGUCCGAAACCCCCUCUCUAGAGUCAGUUCCGGUAGUGAAUGAGUUCCCAGAAGUUUUCCCCGAUGAUUUGCUCGGUAUUCCUCCCGAGCGAGAAAUAGAUUUUGGUAUUGAACUUUACCAAAUAGGCAACCUAUCUCCAUUCCUCCCUAUAGAAUGGCUUCGGCGAAGUUAA